CUUCCCUUUUUUUUUCUUCAAAAUUCUUUCUUGCUCGUGAUGGAUAAUGAUAACAGGAAUCUCGCAAAGACGUGUAAUCUAACAAUUGAGUACUUUGCUUUGGAGGCGAAAUCUCGAUGGCUUCGCCCGAGUGAGAUUUCUGAAAUUCUCCAAAACCAUGAAAAGUUUCAUUUGCAUGUGGAUACUCCUCAUAAGCCUCCCGGUGGUUCUUGGUUCUUAUUCAACCGGGGGCAAAAUCGAUAUUUCCGCAAAGAUGGCCAUUGCUGGAGAAAAAAGAAAGAUGGGAAAACUGUUCGCGAAGCUCAUGAAAAUUUAAAGGUAGGUGAUGAAACUGUUCUUCAUUGCUAUUAUGCUCAUGGGGAGGACAAUAAAGAUUUCCAGAGAAGAACUUAUUGGCUACUUGAUAAGAGAUUACAGAAAAUUGUCCUUGUCCAUUACAGGGAUCUGAGUGAGAAAAGCAAAAUCUCCUCAGAUACAGAUCCAACAACUGUCUCACAAGGAGCUGAUCCUCCUCGAGCUGCUUCCUCUACAAGCACACACUCUUCGAAUUUCGCGAUUCAAGAAUCCAACCCAGUGCACGAUAGUUUGUUGAAUGGAUCUAAUCUUAGCCAUUAUGCUGAUCUGGCAUCCACAUCCUCUGAAAUGCUUAGAACAGAUCAGGGAAUUGACGGCAUGCAUGACAGAAUUGCUUCCGAAGAAAUUAAUUGCCCUGGCAAUUUAACUAAUAUAAUAACAGACUCCCACUUGAAUCUUGAUGUAGAAGUUAAUUUUCCCGGCAAUUUAACUAAUAUAAUUACAGACUCCCACUUGAAUGGUGAUGUCGAAGUUAGAUUUGAUCCUCUUGGUGAAUAUAGUGUCUUCCCCAGUGAACACUCUUCAUCAAUUACAGGAGGUGGCGAAGCACAAUUUCAGGAAAAUAGAGAAUGUGUUUCAUGCAUGCACGGCUUUCCUGGUGUCAAGAAUAUGGUGGAUGUGUCAAGUCACGCACAUCACACGUUCAAUGACGACCAUCAUUUUUAUGGGGAGCCUCAGUUCAACAAUUAUAGUGUGUCCCAAGCUAAUAGUCUUGGUUGUGAGCAACAUGGAGAAAUGUAUGAACUUGAUAGCUAUGGGAAUUGGAAGGGUAAAGAAACUGGUCAAGAUUUUGAUAAUUCGUUGAUGACCUAUGCGGGAUCAUGCAAUGAUACCGACACUGAGGGCCUUCCUGAAUUUUUGUACUUUGAUACUGAUCCAGCGUGCUCUUUCGCUGUGGAGUAUCCCGAAGUUAACUGGGCUGCAAAUUAUGACAGAGAAAAAGCAGUUGUUGAGCCUGCUGUUAUCGAGUAUCCUACUGCUGCUGACUCAGAAUGGGUUGGAGGAAACAAAGGAAUUGAUUUGACUAAUCAUAUAUCAAAACUAGCAUAUGGGGAAUUUGGUAUGGGUGCUGAUUUUGCAAACUUUGCUGCAGCAGACACCUCUCAGAGUUUACAAUGGCAAAUAAAUGGUCCAGUGGAAGGAGAUGAAGGAUAUCGACCAGCAUCAAGUCAGUCACUUUCUUCUGUGAGAAACCGGAGUUCUAUAGAAUCUGAAUCGUGGAGGAGUGGUGAAACUUUUCGAUUCUCAGAUGAAGAUUUGGUUGUUUCCUCCAUAAACAAUCAUGAUCACAGGCAAAAUAUUUUCAAUGGUCGUAGGCCUGUUUCUGAUGAAAACCAACAACUAUAUUAUGAGCAUCAGCGGUAUACGCAUCUUUUAAAGGUCCAUGAUCAAUUUGUGGAAAAGAAACAAAGGAAGAAAUAUCAAGCAAAUCGGCCCGCCGGGCUUGCAAUACCUGAACCGCAAAGCUUCUCGUCGGCAGAAGAUACCAAAUAGUCCAUGACACCUGAGUCAAAUGCCCCUGAAGAAUUCAUGAGAUUAUUAGCCACAAGCUCCCAUGCACAAACAGGUGAUGAUGAAUUCGGCUAUUUUAUGGGGUGACGCUUGGUCAAUAAUUUGUCAAUAAGAAAGGGCGAGCUUUAGGGUGAUGCUUGGUAAAUAAUUUGUAAAUAAGAAAGGGUGAACUUUGGUGCAACGGGUUAGGUUGUUGUCUUGUCAUCUAGAGGUCACGGGUUCGAGUCUUAGAAAGAGCAUGGAGGUCACAGGCUCGAGUCUAGCCUAGAGGUCAGGGGCUCGAGUCUCAGAGACAGCAUGGGGUAAGGCUGCGUACAUCUCCCAAGACUCCACAGCAGUGGGAGACUCAUGCACUGGGCCACCCUGCUUUCAUGCUUGGUCAAUAAUUUGUUUGCAUUGGUGUCAAUUAAUGCAGGCAGUUAGAUUUAGCUGAGUCUACUUUCCAUUUAAGUGUCUUCGCUCGAUACUGUCUUUUAUUUUUAAUUUUCUCAAAACAAAUAUUCUCGUGUCAAGGUUAUUAUCAUCGGCCACAUUCAAAUCAUCUCUGAUGCCAAUGUGUGACAUUGUCAAGUCGUGCCUUGGUUUGGGUCGUUACACUUGCUGAACAUGUGUGUCUGAUUCUUUAAGAUGUAAAUGGAGUAUUUUUCCAUCGCAUUUUCCAGAUAAAU